CAUCUCUCUGAAUCCCAUCAUCAUAUUGUGACAUCACCCGUAGCAAAGAAACGAUGGCGGAGGUCCGAGAGCGCCACAAGAGCCCCGCCGCCGCCGAGGCCUCGCAGCCGACUGGGACGACGACCACCACCAACCAGCAGAAGGUGGACAACGCCCUUGAUUGGGCAUACCUCAACAUGGGUGGUGAAACAUGGGACUGCCAACCGGCGUGCUGGAUUACGGAUUACGUCCUUGCCGUCCAGUGCUUCAUUUCGACGGCUGCUGUCGUGUACUCGUCCUCCAAUCGAACCGAUUCGAUGUGGUACAUGGUCUACUUUGUCGCGAUGGGCACGACCGCGAGUCUCGGCGGUUUCCUCCACCACAUGGCCUUCAAGGCUAUGAAGAAGUUUAACCUCGAUCCGGCCAAGACGUCCAAACGUGUGUUUGGAGUGUACCUUCAGCAGUCCACCGUGGAUACAUGCCUUGCGUGGGUGUGGCGCUUUUGUCUAGGCUUUACGACGCUAACGAACUUCGCGCUUGUGGCCGCCCCGGCUUCCCGCUACCUCAGCCUCCAUCUGUCAGAACUCACGAUUUGGAUUGCUGGCGUCGGGUACUCGUUUGUCGGUGCCGCCGCGUUUGUAAAGAUGCAGACGUCCAUCAUGCUCCUGGGGUUUCUCCCGCCGAUGUUUUUUGGAGGCAUCUCGGCCGUCGCGAGCCUCAGCGACGGCUGGCUCCUGGAACUGCUCGUUCUGCUCUUCAUCUUGGCGGGCGGCCUCGUCCAAGCCGCGGAAGCUGCUCCAUCCCACAAGCACUUUAACCACAAUGCCCUCGCACAUGUCCUUCUCAGCGCUUCCGCCACGGCCAUGAUCAUGCAUUUCUACAUGCGGACACCCGAACAAGUGGAAUGAAACUCGUUGUUGUUUUUUCACGUUUUAUACAUAAAAACCGUGUUUAAGCUCUUGUACACGCCG